CGUGACAAGUAGAACGAUAUUAAUAUUUAAACAUGUCUGUACAUUUUAAAAAGUGUUCUAAGUUAUUGUCUGCUGUGUGUAAUAAUAAUAAUUACAAAGCAUUGUCCACAACUUGCUCAAACAACACAAAAGUGACUUUUAACUGGGAAGACCCUUUGAAUUUAGAUCGACUAUUACACGACGAUGAAAAGGCCGUCCGGGACUCGUUGAGAGCUUAUUGUCAAGAGAAACUAAUGCCUAGAGUGGUCCAGGCAAAUAGAAACGAAGUAUUCGAUCGGGCGAUUUACAAAGAAAUGGGCGAGUUAGGGAUUCUUGGGUGCACCAUUAAAGGGUAUGACUGUGCUGGAGUAUCAUCUGUCACUUAUGGGCUCAUUACGAGGGAACUGGAUGCUGUAGAUUCUUCGUAUAGAUCAGCAAUGAGUGUACAGAGUAGUUUAGCUAUGGGUGCUAUAUACAUGUGGGGUUCAGAAGAACAAAAACAAAAAUAUUUACCAAAAAUGGCGAAAGGUGAAUUAGUAGGUUGUUUUGGCCUGACUGAACCAAACUACGGCAGUGAUGCUGGCGGGUUAGUGACAAAAGUUAGAUCCGACUCUAAAUCAAAAUCUUAUAUUCUAUCGGGUUCGAAAACUUGGAUCACAAACUCACCUAUUGCAGACAUACUUAUUAUAUGGGCUAAAAACGAAGAGGGUAAAGUAAGAGGCUUCAUAGUAGACCGAGCUCAAGUUAAAAAGGGACUAGACACGCCCAGAAUCAAUGGUAAAUUUUCUUUGAGAGCUUCGGCAACGGGCAUGAUAUUACUAGACGAAGUAGCUAUACCGGAGGAAAAUUUAUUGCCUAACGUAGUAGGUAUGAAGGGGCCUUUCGGAUGUCUCAAUAACGCGCGGUACGGGAUCGCUUGGGGCGCUCUCGGUGCGGCCGAAACAUGUUUGCGAAUCGCUCGAGAGUACACAUUAGAUCGGAAACAAUUUGGAAGACCGCUAGCUUCAAAUCAACUGAUUCAAAAGAAAUUGGCUGACAUGAUUACAGAAAUAAGUCUUGGUCUUCAAGGUUGCUUACAAGUCGGACGUCUAAAGGAUGAAGGUUUAGUGGCGCCCGAAAUGAUAUCACUUCUGAAAAGAAAUAACUGUGGCAAAGCUUUAGAAAUAGCGAGAAUAGCAAGAGACAUGCUCGGUGGUAAUGGGGUGUCUGACGAAUAUCAUAUUAUUAGACACGUUAUGAACCUAGAAGCUGUUAAUACUUAUGAAGGGACCCAUGAUAUCCAUGCUCUUAUUUUGGGCAAAGGUAUUACUGGAAUACAAGCAUUUUAUUAAAUAUGUUAUAAAUUAUAACUGAUUAUGUUAUCA